UAACUCACGGAAAAGCCCAUUAAUGAAAUAUGUUACAAGCCAAAGAAUAAAUCAUACUUACUAACAGUUUGCUACCGCCUUCCGAACUUAACAAACUUUUAAUCAACACUCAUACACAUACCCAAAUUCUUUACGCCUUUUAUAAAACACCCUCAGACGUUUUCAACACAAAAUGUCAUCCUGAUCUUCGACCAUCAUAGAACACAGCGUUUCAUUUCGAAACAAGAACGCACACCAGACACAACGUCGCAGCCACAUCUAAUAGAAUGGAGCCAAUUGAGGCACGACGUGAUCUUUUCCAAUUCGUACGACGCACCAUGUAUUGGGCCGCAAUGUAUCCCCUGCAUUUGGACCGCCGGCUGCCACACUACAUUUGUGGUCUGGGCCUAUUUGUCGAAUGCUUUUUCGAAAUGUUCCUCUACCUGGUGUCCAUACAAAUUGCCAUCCUGUAUGUGUGCACAAUUUAUUUGAAUUACGACAGUGGGGAUUUGGAGCUGCUGGUCAAUUGUAUGAUACAGACAAUCAUCUAUGUCUGGACAAUUGUCAUGAAGGUGUACUUUCGCCGGGUGCGGCCCCAUCACCUAGAGGGUAUGGUGGACACCAUCAAUGCCGAGUAUAGGACACGUUCGGCCAUAGGAUUUACGUACGUGACCAUGGACCAGUGUUUGGACAUGUCAAAUAGAUGGAUUAAAACGUAUGUGUACUGCUGUUUCAUUGGAACGGUCUUCUGGCUGUUGCUGCCCAUUGCCUAUGGCGAUCGUAGUCUGCCAUUGGCCUGUUGGUAUCCACUGGACUAUAAGGAGCCGGUUAUUUACGAGACAAUAUAUUUUCUUCAAUCGGUUGGGCAAAUACAAGUGGCUGCCGCCUUUUCCGCCUCAAGUGGCUUUCACAUGGUAUUGGCCAUUUUAAUAUCUGGACAAUACGAUAGCCUGUUUUGCAGUUUAAAGAAUAUCCUUGCAACUGUUGCUAUACGAAUGCAUUCGACAAAGGAGGAAUUGAGGAAACUUUAUGAACUGCAGGAAUCUACCGAUUCCGAAUUGAAUGAAUUCUAUUGUUCCGAAGAGAUAACCUGUGACAUCAACAUGCUCGUUCACAUCAACGCAUCACCCAAGCAGGCCUUAAUGUCAUCCCAGGAAUUUCGUUAUCAUUUUCGCCAUGCAUUUGCCGAAUGCGUUCAUCAUCAUUGGUAUAUUUUGGAUUCUUUAAAAUCAAUGGAGAAAUUCUACAGUCCCAUUUGGUUUUUCAAAACUGGCGAAGUCAUUCUGCUAAUGUGUUUGGUGGCAUUCGUGUCCGUUAAGUCAACCACAGCUAAUUCCUCAUUUAUGAAAGUCGUAUCACUCGGCCAGUAUCUGAUGUUGGUCGCCUGGGAAUUAUUGAUUAUUUGCUAUUUUGGCGAAAUCAUUUUCAUCAACAGCCAACGUUGCGGCGAUGCUAUUUUAAGAAGCCCCUGGUAUCUCCAGAUGCGUGAAAUGAAAAAUGAUUUCCUUCUGUUCCUGCUCAAUUCGUAUCGGCCAUUUAAGCUGACGGCCGGCAAAAUGUAUCCACUGAAUGUGGAACGUUUUCGUGGGGUUAUAACUACGGCAUUUUCAUUUUUGACACUUCUACAGAAGAUGGAUGAACGGGUGUGAGUGAAAUAAUAGAAAAGGCGAAGUAAAAUAUUUGCUGAGCUGGCAGAAAAUUAUUUUUCUUGCGGUUGAUAAAUAAAG